AUCGUGGUGAGCGGCUGCGCUAAUUGAAAGACUUCCUUUUUGUGGGUGGCGGCAGGCGAGCUGGGAGCGCUAUGAAGGCCUCGGGCACACUCCGGGAAUACAAGGUGGUUGGGCGCUGCCUGCCCACCCCAAAGUGCCACACGCCGCCUCUGUACCGCAUGCGGAUUUUUGCACCCAAUCACGUCGUCGCCAAGUCCCGUUUCUGGUACUUCGUGUCCCAGCUGAAGAAGAUGAAGAAAUCUUCAGGAGAGAUCGUCUACUGUGGGCAGGUGUUUGAGAAGUCUCCGCUGCGGGUGAAGAAUUUUGGCAUCUGGCUGCGCUAUGACUCCCGCAGUGGCACCCACAACAUGUACCGGGAGUACCGGGAUCUGACCACAGCAGGCGCCGUCACCCAGUGCUACCGGGACAUGGGUGCCCGGCACCGAGCCCGCGCCCACUCCAUCCAGAUCAUGAAGGUGGAGGAGAUCGCAGCCAGCAAGUGCCGCCGGCCCGCUGUCAAGCAGUUCCACGACUCCAAGAUCAAGUUCCCACUGCCCCACCGGGUUCUGCGUCGCCAGCACAAGCCCCGCUUCACCACCAAGAGGCCCAACACCUUCUUCUAGAGGCAGUGCCAAUAAACCUGGCGCCGCUCUGCACUGGC